AUGGAUAGGAAGGAUCUUGCAAAAAGACCCGGCUUUAAUGGGACAGGAAAAGAGAUCAUCACUGCCGUGAAUCUAUACGCUGUCACACAGUUCCCGACGAAGAGUGUGUACCAAUACGAUGUACAAGUUGCUGGCACCGACAAACGUGCAGUGAUACAAAAGGUGUGGAACUCAAAGACUCGGAAGGCAGUGGUUGGGAACGAGUUUAUUUUUGAUGGUAAUAAACUGGCAUGGUCGCUUGUUCCGAUUAACAAAGAGGUCAAUGUCAUGGUCGACCUUGAUGCUGAGCAGGGGCGUUCUGAUUCAAAGAUCCCAAAUACCUUUCGCCUUGUAGUUCGUCAAACCAAAACGGUAAACCUGAAAGCACUUCAUGCGUAUCUUAGUGGGACCUGUACGGCUUCGCCGGAGGUGUUUGAAGCUAUCAACUUCCUAGAUCACGUCUUGCGCGAAACGCCAAGUUCCAGGUUUAUUCCUAUGAGGCGCUCUUUCUUUAGCCCAGACAAUCCAAAGGCUCCUGUUGGUGGUGGUGUUUAUGCCUACAAAGGCAUCUACCAAGCGAUACGCACUGUCCAUCCUGGAAAACUAGCUGUAAACAUCGAUGUUUCGAACUCUUGUUUUUGGGCACAAAUAUCUCUCACAAGUGCAGCGAUUGAAGUCCUUGGGCUUCGCGAUAUCCAACAUCUCGCUGCCGUGACCAAACCAGUUGAUGAUGGACUUGGUGGCCGCGCUUCGUCCCAGAAGUUUCAGCAGUUGAGCCGGUUCCAUAAAGUUGCGGUGAAGGCCUCUUACAAGGGUUGCCCCGUUCCAGACAAAGAAUGGAUCAUUAAAGGCUUUCUUCUUGCGAAUUCGAAAGAGUACACUAUCGAAACUCUUGAUGCCGCCACUGGGAAAAUGCGUUCUAAGACCAUUUUUGAUUAUUUUAAGACUCGCUACAAUGUUGCUUUGACUUACUGGGAACUGCCGUUAGUCAAAAUGACCAAGAAAGGGGUUGUCUACCCCAUGGAAUUUCUUGGGAUCCACAAACCUCAGAAAUUCCCAUUCAAGCUUGAUGAACUUCAGACCACCUCGAUGAUCAAAUUUGCGGUUACCCGUCCCGCUGAGCGGCGAAAGGCAGUUGAAGAAUCCAAGAGAAUCCUUGCACACGGUGGUGAUCGAGUCUUGCAGGCUUAUGGUUUGAGGAUAUCGGAUUCUAUGAUGGUGACAAAAGCCCGGUUGUUGCCGAAUCCAGAGAUCGUCUUUGGGGGAAAUCAACGUGUUAAUCCUGGAACUUCUGGUCGAUGGGAUCUCCGAGGGAAAAAGUUCUACAACAAGAACUCCAAGCCGCUAACUUCCUGGGGUGUGGGCGUUUUCCCUGGUCGUUAUGUCAAUCAACAAGAUGUUGAGCGGUUUGUCGAUACUUUUGUACGCGCCUAUCAAGGCCACGGUGGAACUAUUGCUACCACACGACCUUUCAUUGGUGUAGUUGACAAGGAUCCUGCAGAAGCAGUGUACAACUUGUUCCAUAACACUGGAAACAAAUUUAACCUUCGCCCAGAGCUCUUGAUUUUUGUUGUGAGCGAAAAAAAUGCUUUUCAUUAUUCUCGAAUAAAAAAAUCGUGCGACUGCAGAUUUGGAGUCCCCUCCCAGGUUUUGCAAGCUACUCAGGUGGUUAAAUGCAACGGACAAUACAUAUCCAAUGUAUUGAUGAAGGUAAAUGCCAAGUUGGGAGGAACAACCGCCAGGGUUUCUUCCAAGAUAACGAAAGGUCUUUUGCCAUUUACUAUGAUUAUUGGAGCUGAUGUUUCUCAUUCUGCUCCCGGGAGCCCCGCCCCAUCCAUGGCUGCAGUGUCAGUAUCCAUGGACCAAUUUGGGGGUCGAUAUGCGGGCGCUUGUCAAACAAAUGGGGAUCACGUUGAGAUGAUUAGCGAAGCUAACGUCGAGUCAAUGCUUACUCCCCUGUUUAAGGCAUGGUACACAUCAGUUGGUCAGGGGAGAGUUCCUCAGAAUAUCUACUACUUCCGCGAUGGUGUUUCGGAAGGCCAAUUUCAAUAUGUUUUAAACGAGGAGAUUCCUUCCAUCAGGAAAGCCUGGAAGAACCUGAAUCGGGGUGUAGAAUGGAAUGGUAAGAUGACAGUGGUUGUUGCAUCGAAACGUCACCACAUCCGGGCAUUUCCCAACCCGAAUGAUCGAAAUGCCUCGAAUAAAAAUGGAAAUCCAUUGCCCGGAACUCUUAUUGAUAAAGAUAUCACUGGACCCAAUGGAUGGGACUUUUUCUUGUGGUCUCAUAUUGCUCUGCAGGGGACAAGCCGCCCCGUGCAUUAUCACGUUCUUAUUGAUGAAAUGAAUCAUUCGCCUAAGGACCUACAAAAUAUGAUAUACGAGCAUUGCUAUCAAUAUAUGCGGUCUACGAUCUCGGUCUCCCUUUUCCCGGCGGUGUACUAUGCUCACUUGGUCUCGAACCGAGCGCGUUCUCAUGAGAAUGUGCCGACCAGCUCAGGCCCCCGCUCAGGGCCAGACGUUAAACAAGGCCAAAAACCCUCACCCUCCGAGCCGCCCAAGUCUGAAGGACGACCACUGCUUCCAAUGGCGGCAGGAGGUGAUCUGGCACUUAAGAUGUGGUAUAUUUGA